CCACCCGAUUCCGCGAUUCUCUAUUAGUAGUAAAGUUCAUGUUACAUGAAAAUGACUAAUGAAUAUUGCGAUUAUGUAACGUUUGAUUUAUUAAGUCGAGCGUUACCAGACCGUUCCUGUCCAAACGAAACAUGAAUGCGAACAAUACUUUACGAAGUGAUCCAGAAAAAUUUGGGGCUUACGUUGCUGCUUCUGUUGUAUUAUCGGUGAUUGGAUUGCUCGGAUUUACUUUAAACUUAAUUGCAAUUAAACUUAUGUGGAAGGAGAAGCAUGUAUGGACAUCAGUUAAUGUAAUUUUGUUUAAUUUAGUCUGCGCCGAUUUUCUUGUUGCCUUACUUGGGAUACCUAUGAGUACAGCCGCAGCGAUCGCUCAUAAAUGGAUAUUUGGUUCCAUCAUGUGCACAGUUUAUGGAUUUUUUAUGUCCCUUUUAGGUAUCACCGCGAUCACAACCUUAACAGCUUUGUCAUUCGAAAGAUAUCUUAUAAUAAUGAAACCGCUUAGGAAUGCAAAGCUGUCCCGAUCCGGAGCAUGGACAUUGCUCUUGAGUAUUUGGUUGUAUUCGUUCGUCUUAACUACCCCGCCCUUAAUAGGUUGGGGUGACUACAUCAAUGAAGCGGCCAAUAUAAGUUGCUCUGUAAAUUGGGAGGAACAAGGCUUCAAUGUGAAAAGCUAUAUUAUAUUUCUCUUUGUAUUUGGAUUGGUGUUGCCAUUAAUAGUAAUUGGAUUCAGCUACAUCAGCAUAAUUAUUCGACUGAAGCAACAAAACUUACAAUCCGGCCAGGUAAAGCAGUCUGAAAAACGAGUAACCAUAUCCAUAUUCGUAAUGAUCGUGGCAUUUCUAACCGCCUGGAUGCCGUACGCCGUGAUGGCUCUAGUUGCACAAUUUGGUGCAAAAAACAGCAUUACACCAGCAAUGGGAGUGAUUCCAGCCAUCCUUGCGAAAAGUAGUGUAUGUUACAACCCCGUCAUUUAUGUCGCCUUUAAUACGCAGUUUCGCCACUCAUGGAUGCAAAUGUUCUCGAAAGCGCGUCGUAGGGAUACUGGAAGGACUACAAAUGUGACAACCCUCUAAUGUUUUUAUAUUUAAAUGUAAACAUAAUGUACGAAGUAUAGUUUAUUUUUGUAAAUUUUCUUAUUUAGUAACGUUGAAUGAAAUUAUCUGAAAUGUAGCUUUUCUCUACAGAAUUGACAUACUAAAAUCUUUCAAAACAAGAUAAAUUAAUUUUUGAAAUUAAAGACAAAAAUUGUCAGACUAGUUUUAUGGGUGACGUGUUCUGUUCCGUUUCACUACCACCUCCAUUCAGCUAUAUUUUAGGGAUUUAUGUUUAAAUAGGGUAGGUAUAUUAUUAUUAUGUUAUAUCUGUAUUAUAUUUGU